AUGUCUCUGAUAUCAGAAUUUCAAGACCCUCGCAAUGUCCCCACCUCCCUUGCGUUUUUCGUCUUUUGCAAGGAAUCCGACGCUGAUGCCAUCGCUUUGUCCCAUUCAAUAGCUACCGCUAUCCCCGCGCCGGAGCCAACCGUUCUUUCUUUUAAUCGGCGAGAACAUGCACGAGAUUUGUUUCUCGGAUGUAGGAACAUCAGAAGCAUUGCCGCCGGUGAAAAAAGAAACAAAAUCUCAUGCAUCUCGCCGAUUAGAAGGAAGAACGGCUGCCUCCAGCACGGAGAUUGUGAGAUCGAUCGCUGGAAAUUUCAGCCGAGCAAUGAUGUGAGGGAGAAGGAAUGGGAGGAAAUGCGGUUAUUCUUUUGGUAUCUCGAUCCAUUACUUUUGAAGAAUGACAUUUCAGAAGCUCUACUUGAAGUUAGGCAGAGGCCCUUCCUUUCUUUGAAAUCAGAAUUCUAUAAUCGCCCAACCUGGAGAAGAAUGAUUUUGUGUUUUGUAACUUCUCCAGCUAUGCUUAGGCAGGCAAGCGCACUUUUACAUAGCUGGUUUCUUAUAUCGGGUCUGACUUUUGUAUUAGAACUCCAUAUUGCACUUGUUUCGGCCGUGUUAGAUAUGGUUUCUAGGCCAAUGGCCUGGGGCGUGUCAAUGGAAAUGGGACUGAAGUACCCUUUCCCGCAUGCCUAUUUUCCUAAUAACUUACAGGAACUACUUGGUGUAUUGAAUGGACCUAUUUCAUGUAAUAGUUUUGUGAAUUUGGUUCAUUAUAUUGAAUUAGAAGUCAUUUGUCCAGAAGCAUCCUUUGAGCCAACCAUAUGCUUGCUCAGACAUGAAACAAUGCAGGGUUCAAUUGAAAAUAAUUCUACCUGGUCAAUGCUGAUGAAAUUUCCUACAUGGUUCUAUUUUGCAUCUGUGCUAAUCUUCUAUCAUAAUGAUAUUCAGGCUUCUUAUAUUUCGGAAGUUAUUUCUAAUGAAAUUAAUUUGUUCUCGUCCUAUGACAGAGAUCUGAUUGAGGCUGCUAUCAUAUAUCUUUCCUUUGUUCUUUGCCCUGUUGUCAAUGGCCAUGGUGAUAGACUCGCUGAACAUUUCCUCAAAUUAUCAAGGUCUUGGAGCGUAAAAAGUAGGGCAAUUCCAAGCUAUGAACAACGGUCCUCUUUAACCACCCACUCCAAUACUAAAGUUUCACUUAGCUUGAGAAGGAAGCUCAGAAUAAAUAAGAGUCAAGAUGAUAAGCAUGCUCCAACAACACAAAUAUGUAGUUUUUCUGCACUUUCAUCAUGGCUUAGAGAUUUUGAUGAUGUAUGUAUUGAAUCAUGGACCAAACCUUUCCUUAGAUACACAUCGGUUGAUUCAAAAGGUCAAGAAAACACAACAAAAAGUUCCAAAAAGUUAUUUAAUAAAAUUCCUCUAGGCAUAUUCAUAUUGUACCCAACAAUAUUAAGUGACAGGGGAUGUGAACUGCUACUUUAUUAUGCCACUACCGGUGAAAUUUUGCAGCAUAAAGAAAACCAAACAGUGACCAGUGACUGUCAUGAGCAUGAAAUUACUUUGUGUUAUGGAAGUGAUGGAAGAAAAUGGGCAAGUGAAGGAGUUUGUCUUGUAUUUUCAUAUUUUGACAUUGUCGAGGAGAUAUCGGUGAUGUUAUUCGACUGCGAAGCUACCAGGCUUGAUUUUAUCUGCCAUCAGAAAGGAAAGGUUUGCAAAUACUUGCUUAGAUGUGUCAAAAUAUUGCUUAAUCUAUGUAUUCAGCAAUUAGUAGAAGUCAGAGGCAGGGUUGGCUUACUGGAUCUUUUCAGAAGAUUGUUCCAGUGGAAGCAACAAGGACGAGAAAUUUUUCAAGGCUGUGAAGAAUUUAAUGAUGCGGUUGAUGGAUUUGCAAAAAAAUUUUUAACAUUGAAGGAGCUCCAGGAAGUGAUCUAAGAUUUUGGAUCAUCACAU